CUUCACGUAGAGUUGAGGUCCAAUUUUUGCACUCUCCUGACCUUUAAGCUACGAUGUCGUUUUGUUCUUCCCUCUUCAAUUUCCACCCACAAACAGCCCUAAAAUAAUCAAUCUGGUCUUCAUCAGCUGUGAUUCGUUCUUCAAUGACUUCUGAAGAAAUGGGCGUUUUUUCGGCCCAACGUCCUGAUAAUGGAGUCAAUUCACUUCCCCAGAUGGUUUUCCCGGAGAGCUUCACUUGCGGCCCGCCGCCGCAACAUCCUCACUGCGAUUCCUCUGCCGGUACUUCCGCCACCGUCACCGGCCCUGGUCCCAAAACCACCCGCGAGCUCACUGGCUACCUUAACAACCACCACUACUUUCUCCCGCAGCCCCCGGCCGCUACCGAAUUUCGCGGCUCUAUGUUUGCCGACCGGUGGAAUAGUCGAGAUUCAAGCACCCCCAGCCGCGACGGAUCAGAGGAAGAUGAAGAAGACGAAGAUGAUGAUGAUGAUAAUGAAGAUGCAGGGCGUGUAGAUGUAAAUGAUCACAACAAUAUUAAUAAAGUUAGUAAUAACAGUAGCACUGACAAUAGUGGAAAUCAGAAACCAACUGAUGUGCCCAAUUUUGGUUCAAAAGAAGGGAAUUGGAUGCAGUGUCAGAGUGGAAGCAGUUUCGAUGAAGCCAGAAAUAAUGGGGCAAUAUAUGAUUUUCAGGGAUCAGCAUUUAAUUCAAGCCAAAAGGAAAUAGUAUUAGUCGAUAAUGGUUGUGGAUUUAGUGGGAGAAAAGAGAGCUCAUACUCCAGUGAACCCGGAGAGUCCUUGAGAGCAAUACUGUCUGAUCCUAUAUCAGGUGCACUUAUGGAUGAUGCAGUAAUAUUACCUUGCGGGCAUUCCUUUGGUAAUAGUGGGGUCCAGCAUGUAAUUAGAAUGAAAGCUUGCUAUAAUUGUGCACAACCAGUCUCUGAAGAAUCAAUAGCUCCAAAUCUUUCCCUCCGAGCUGCUGUUCAGGCUUUUCGUAGAGAAGAAUACUUCCAUGUGAAUCGGCCACCAAAAAGGCGAAAGGAAAGACAUGAACAGGUUAAUAGGGGUGCCUCUGACUCAAUGCAGACAGACCAUCCGAGGGGCAGAGGAGUGCAUUUUCCAUUUGCUGUGGCUGAUAGGGUCAUAAUACAGGGUAACAAACGCACGCCUCCACGCUUUGUUGGACGAGAGGCUAUAGUCACCACUCAGUGCUUGAAUGGAUGGUAUGUGGUGAAGACGCUGGACAAUGCAGAAAGCGUGAAAGUGCAGUAUCGCUCCCUUGCAAAGGCACCAGCAGAUUGUUUAUCCCCUCAACCAAUCUCUAGUACUAAGCCGGCCAGCUGGUUAUAGUAUCCUGUACAUCUCAAUUAACUUAGCUGCCUGUAAUUAAUUGAACUGAGAACAUGGAAGCUUUCCUUGUUGUAGUCUAUCGUUUGUAAUCUUCAGAUGACCUCAAGGGAAUACAUGUAUAUGUUCUUACUCCACACAGGAAUUGAUACAUUUCAUGGAUGAGAUCAGACUAUGAAAGACGUCAAAUAUACACGACCAUAUUCUCUUCACCUAUAUAUUUAAACAGUGUGUCCUAAUGAUAGCUAAU